UAUAUAUAUAUAUAUAUAUAUAUAUUCAUUUGGCUUUAAAGUGACAACGUAACUUUAUAAUGUUUGCUUCAAACAGCAGGUUUCAUCUGAGUUAGCAGUAAAUCUCGGAAAUUAGGCAAAAUAAUUAUAAUCACAAAAUAACAAAUGCAUCCAAUUUUGCAAGGUGCAAAAAAAGGCACAUACACGAAACAUGUGACCAAGACCUGAUGUGAUAACACGAUAAUGUUAAAUUUGUUAAAUAUAAGGUUUAAUUUUAGGCAUAUCACCACUAUAUCACCAUAAACAUGCCCAGCUGUCAGCGUCAGUAAUUUCUUAAACACCAACCAAAGCACAGUUGUAACAGUACUCAUGCAAAAUGGCUAAUAUUAAUAUCUCCAGUCGCCAGCGAAUUAUUUGCUCUAUUUAAGAGAGGUGGGAUUACAACAGUAUGGUAAUUUGCUAGGGGAAUGGGGGUGGCCAUGGGUGGAAUAUCCAUUUUUAUUGCAUCACCUGUCAGUGACGUCCAAUCAGCGUCGACUCUGGGGGCAUUAAUUGAUGAAGGUGUCUCCGGCCUUGCUCACUUCACACUGUCAUUUUAUUUGUGACUAAGCCAGCAGCGGGAAUAGCAGCUGCGUUUCAUUUCGGUCUGUAUUUCUCUCUCUCUCUCUCUCCUCUCUCUUGCUCUCUCUGUCGCUCACUCCCUCUCUUUCUCCCUUCCCUACUCUCUUUUUAUCCUUCUCACUGGCAGUGCUGUUCACCUUCCUCUUUUCCUCAUGGCCAAAUGGGAAGGGAGCUGAGGGAGCGCAGGUAUACAGGAGCUCAGACAGCCUGUCGGCAACAUCACACACAUCCCAUAGAUCAUGCAGUGCUCAAAUCAAUGGAUUGAUUGUUUGAAUUCAAACAGACCAUUUCAUUUUUAUUCAUCUAUUCAAAACUUUUUUUGUUCAUGACGCAGUGUGGACAUUGCACAGUCCACGCUGGACUGGUCAGCAGCAUGUCUUGAAAUAAAUCAGCAGCAGUAAAGCUACUUUAAGGACAUCCGUCGCGCUAAAUGUUGGAAUUAUUGCAAUGAAGAAAAUGGGGGACUUGGAAUCCGGUUUUGAAGAAAUGCAGGGUGUAAGGCUUGGCUUUUUGGUUAUCAAAGGCAAACAAAUGUUUGCCCUUUCUCAAGUCUUCACCGACCUCUUGAAAAACAUCCCGCGGACUACUGUACACAAACGUAUGGACCAUUUAAACGUGAAGAAGCAUCACUGUGAUUUGGAGGAAUUGCGAAAGCUCAAAGCAAUAAAUUCUAUAGCUUUCCACGCAGCUAAAUGUACCCUGAUUUCAAGAGAGGACGUCGAGGCUCUGUAUUUUUCCUGUAAAACUGAACGCGUAUUGAAAUCAAACAAAAGAAGGGAAAAGACGAGAAAUGCAACUGAAAAAGUGUGCGAAGACAAAAACCACACAGCUGACAGAAGCGACUUUUGGAGAGAAAAAGUUUGGUUAAGUUUGCAUAGCGUUCCACAGACUUUCUCAUUCAAAACUAAAGCUGUUCGACAGGACUCGGCCCCUCGUACUCACUCAAAUCUACCUCAAAUUUACAGUAAAUCCUUUGCCCGUGACUUUCAACCGGUCACCAAGUCGGCAUCUACACCCUUUAAAAACUAUGAAACAGCUCAAAUACCUGACAACUGUGUGGCUUUUAAUCAGAAACAUGCAUUUAUUCAGAGCGUUGUGAACCGACAGCCGCUGUUCUAUCAGUCCGCCAUUGCAGCGCAGCCAAAGCACCAAGGCAACGCAGACCUACUUUACAAAAGGAAGAGGAAGCGCGAGAGCAGCGCGAGGCAGUUUUGGUCGAGGAGCAGACGCGACCAUCCGGUUCUGGUCGUCCCGAAGUGCUGUAAAGCAAAAGUUUCCAACGGAUCUCUAAGCCACUUUCACCACCUCGAGCAUGGAUUAUACGUCGACCCAAGGCUCACUGGACAUUUUCAGGAAAGCUGCAGCAGCGACACGGAGUCUAGUUCCAUUUCAGAACGGGUGAACAACGAUUCGGAUUUCGGAUCGAGUUUCUCUACCACCAGCAACUCCGCAACUUCAGAUGAGGAGGAUGACUCCCUCUCGGAUUCUUCAGACGUCAGCACCGAUGAAGAGAGCUCCUCUCAGUCUGACUCGAGCUCUGUGUCCAGUCAAGUCUCAGUGCAGAGUAUUCGAUUCAGGCGCGCGCGCUUGUCAAGUCUCAACACAAAAGCACCUUUGGUCUUACAGCCUACUUUUCACUACAGGCCUAAUCUACAAAACAUACACACUAACCAAGGAGGAACGACUUCUUUGGAUUGUGAAAGAACUGCCAAAACACCGAAAUCGGACUUUACGUCGUGCAGGGAUGGACUCAAGGAUGGCGAUGCCGCAAACGUGCACGACUUCUGCCCGGUGGGGGACUGUUUCCCAGAUGUAGGAGAAAAUGAGGGCUCUGAAUCAGUGUCACGCCUUGAAUUUUCUAAUGAUCCAAAGACAACAGACUCUGUCGCUUACAAUAUUAAAGAAAUUGGCCUUACACCUAUUGCAAAUGGAAACAAGGCGUUUUCCCAACAAAGAAUACCAGGAUCUGCAAACAAAUGCACACAAGGCUUGAUCUCACACUGUGUUCCGGACAAAGAGAUAACGGGUUGUAAGUCUUCUGACAGCAAUCUUUCAUUAGCAGCAAAUUCCAAGAGGGAAGCAAAAACUUCACUCAAGCUGCCAUCACCUCUGAAGCCUAUCAAAACAGAGGCCGAGGAGCCCAUCGUUACUUCAGGCUCAAACCACGAGGGCAACAGGGCAGUAAAAACGCCACCGUUUUUACUAAAUAAUGUGAAAAUUAAAGUCGAGGAUACCUUUGACGAAUAUGAAUAUGCAAAUCCAUCCCUGCAAUAUCAAUGUAAGGAUAACGAUGUUGAUGGCCAGGCCAUCAGUCAUUUUGAUGAAACUGAUCACUGCAAAGACACCAUUAUAGCCUCAGUGAGCUCUGUUCAAAAGCAAGAAUCAAGAAGCACUUUAAACACUCCUUGUUCCGAGGAAGGAGAAUGCAAAAAUGCUACAAGGGUCAGAAAGAACUACAGGGCAAUGCUUUCGGGUAAAAAUACCGAAAGUGUCCGAACAUCAGCUAAAUCAAGUGCAAAAGUUGACAAGAGCCCCCGUUCUGCAGGAAAAUGUGCGAGCAGUGAGGGAUCAAAUGAAGACUGUGCUGGCGCGAGCAAACGCAAACGAGCAAGCGCCAAUGUAGCAUCUCUGAAAAAAUCAUUCAGCUUCAUGGCGAAUUUUCCCUCUCCACCGUCACUUGUUGUUGGCAACGAUGGAGAUUUGAGUCCCGCUUACUCUUUGAACUCAUUUAGAAGUAAACAGCUGCCUCAUCGCUCUCACCCAGUGUGGAGAUGGCAGCUCGGCCAUUCCGUUGUUCCUCCCCCUCCAAGCCACAAAUUCAGGAAAGCCUCUGUUAUCCCUUGAACUGUUCUUUUGAGCUCGAGGGAAAUGUCUUAAAACUGUGACAAGCACUGAUACCCGUUAGUUGUGUUGUUUCCACUGUUGGCCUGUUGUUAUGUUACAAAUAUUGUCCGCGUAUAGCACAGGCUGGUCUAUCCAUCGAGGUUUGCGACUCUGGAAUAUACCGAGGUAUUUAUAAUAAGCUGAUCUAGCAAGAAACAGUUGUUUUAAUUAUUUACAUUGUGGAAGCUGACCGGAUGGACUAGACUCGCGUGGAGCAAAUGUUGGCUCAUUUUGCAGGCAGGGUUAACCAUCUCUCAUAUGAUGGCAUUAUAUGCCAUUGUUUGUCAGGUCUGUGUCAACAAUGGUUGAUUUGGUCAUUAAGACACCUGGCAUUGGUAUAUUUUGAACUUUGUAUUUUGCCUAUUAUGUUUGAUCUAUUGACACCCUAAUAUACUGUUUUUUAGAAUAACUGUAGGCCUAUGGGCUACCAUUCUUAUUUAUUCAUUUUAAGGGUGUUUCCCAAUUGUUGGCGCUUGACUGUGUUCACACACACACACACAGCACACCAUAACUCUCCCGGUGUAGGCCCAACACAAUGGCCCUUUAGAUUCAACUGACAAUCAAGAGCUGUUUGAUUUGCACGAAGUCACAGAAGUUAAAACACCAAAUCGAAGUCCUUCUAGCACACUCAUAGCUUAUGGUAAAGACAGCUGAAGCACAAAUUUGCCAUGCAUUGCACUUUGCUAAUGCCCGUUAAGGUGAAUUGGUUGUUUCUUUUCAUUUUAGAUGUUCUCAAGAAAAAGAGCCGUCGCGAGUUAAUUUGGUGCUAUUUCAGUUUACUGUCUGUUUGAGAGGAAGGGUUGUUAGUCUUAUUUUGAAAUUUAGAUUUAAACACGUAUGCUUUUGCAUACGUGACAACAUCAAGGUGCUUCGUGGAAAAUACACACAUUUUGGUCAGGGUAUAUUCACUAAAUGUGUAUUUCUCAUUGACUCAAGAGCUUUGUCAUUUUCGUAUGGUGUUUUGGUUGUAUUUUCCUUCACUAAUCGUAAUGGGCACAUGAAAUACCUCGGCACUAAAAGCGUUACUUAAAAAAAAACUAAAACAAAACAAAACUUGGUGUUCCACUCGAGAACCCUGCCCAAUGCCUUGUGAUGAAUGUAGUCUGCUGUGACGUACCAUAUUUGUUUACUUCAGCAAAAGCAGGCCGUCACUAUAACAGACAUUUCAAUUGAAUUGUGUCUGUGAUUAGAUCCCCCAAUAAGUAAAGAAUUUAAGAGUAUUCCAAGUAUAUUGCCAAGGACCGAAAAAGCAGAUAACCGACUUUUUUCGUGAAUCAGAAUACUCAGCUGCAUCUAAAUUUCCUGCACAAAAUACAUACAAAGCUUGUGAGUUAUCAUUGAAUAGGGAUAGACUAUGCAGAUAGUUCACAUCAUUCUAAGAAAUCACGUAACUGACUUUAACGGUAUCGUUGCCUAUUAAUGGGCCCAAGACUCCACGUCUGUUGGAGUUUUAAAUUGUGUUUUAAAUGUGUAAGUGGGGAUAUGUAGCCUGAAGUGAAAAUAAAUCCAUUUGUGAAUGUUCCAAUAUCCGAUAGAGUGUGAAAUUCAGACAGAUAUUUUUGUAUUGCCAUUAUUUAAUGACCGCUUCUUCGAGCUUGUAAAUUAAAGGAACUGCUUUUUGUUUCGCGCGCGUCUAAAAAGUGCACUGCGGACUGACAGGAUAGCUAUGUCCUCCUAACUUCAGAAGAAUGAAUUCAAAACCAGCCAAAUAAAACCGAAUGUAGCUCACACAACACAACUCCCCUUAAGUUAAAGAAUUUCACGAUCUCCACGAUGAACAGAAAUGGAAAAAAUGGGCGGUGACGCACUGCUAACAUGGUAGCUUAGGAUAUAUCUGGCCAAGGUGGACUUUUUUUUAUUCUUCUGCUUUUGCUACAAUACUUGAGGUCAGAUUUUUUGACACGAACUUUUUAUUUUAUUUGUAUUUUUUUAUCUUAAGUCACUGGUUGUUUAUAAAAAUGCAUAUUUAUUUUUGUGAUUUUCCUGUUUUUUUAUACCAUUGUUGUAUAGUAAAAAUGCACUCGAAAUGAAAACUUGAAUGGUGGAUUUGAAGCACUUUCUUUUUCUUUUCUGGUUAAACUGUUCAUUAAAUACAUCUGA